AUGGCUUUUUCACUUACGGCACUGGCAUUUUCUCUUUUCGCUGGACUAGCACAGACAACGGAUGCGCGAACAUUCACCGUAGUCAAUGCAUGCCCAUUCACCAUCUGGCCGGCGAUAUUCACAGACCUGACUGUUGCACCUAACGUGCCGCAGUUUCCGACCGGAUGGCAAGCGGCACCCUCAAACUCUGUCUCCUUCGAGGUCCCGGAUAACUGGAAAUCUGGUCGUAUAUGGGGGCGGCGGGACUGCGACUUUACGACGAAUCCGGGACCCAACUCGUGUCUCGACGGCGGUUGCAAUGGCGGGCUUCUGUGUGACCCACACACAGGAACUGGCGUUCCUCCUGCUACUGUAGCUGAGUGGACCCUCCAAGGUGAUGGAGGCCGUGAUUUCUACGACGUCUCCCUCGUGGACGGCUAUAACCUGCCUAUGGCCAUCACAAACAACGCCAAUUGUCCCGUGGCAGACUGUCCUGUUGAUUUGGGACCUGAUUGCCCGACUCCACUGAUUGGACCCUUCGACUCAACUGGCUUCCCUGUAGGUUGCAAGAGUGCCUGCUCAGCAAAUCUUGAUGGAACCCCCAACGACUCGGCCAACUGCUGCUCGGGAAGUCAUUCCACAGCGGCAACGUGCCCGUCGUCGGGCGUCGCUUUCUAUAGCUACUUCAAGGGGAACUGCCCAAACUCGUAUGCGUAUGCCUUCGACGAGAGCAGCAACACAGCCUUGUGGACUUGCAGCUCGAGUGCCAAUCCCGAUUUCACGCUCACCUUCUGUCCGUGA